AUGUUUGUGGAAACGCUGAAUGGAUUGAAGGCUUCGGGAAGGCCGCUGAUGGUCCACCUGUGGCGCAAAUAUGUGCUUGUGCCUAUCGGGACGCUGCUGAUGAUGCUGCUUUUGUAUGGCAUCAACGAGAUAAUCAAAAAGACGACGGUUAAUUUCCCAGCAUCGGUGUGCUUGAUGCUGCUUAUGUAUGGUGGGCUGAGUCUGAACUCGUGGCUUUUCGGCGAGCAUCGCACUGAUAUCUUUUUAAAAUACGUGGAUAUUCCGUGUGGAUUUGCGCUUCGAUGGAUGAAUUUGUACUUCACGCCUCCCUUUGUGACGCUUGUUCUAUCAGAUAAGGUGAGUGUGGCGGAGGCGUUCACCAUCAUGGCGGUGUAUAUUGUGGGUUACAUCUUCACGUUUGGGUUCAUGGCCUAUUUUACGUGGGGGUUGCAACUUUUGCUUGGCACGUACAAGCUUCACGCGAAACAGGACGAAAAAGACGAAGAGAGCCAGAUCCCGGAGUCGAGCGAGCAGGAUGAGGUGAACGACAACGCUAGCAAGCAGUCUUCGAAUACUAUAAAGGAAGAGACUACGUGGGAGGACAAAGUGCGGGACUUUGUGCUUGAGUGGAUCGAUUUCUUCAUCUACGGUCUUCUCUUCAUUGCUGGCAUCCCCGUCUAUUUCGUCACGGGCUACGAGAUGCCUGUGCAGCUAGCUACUGCGGUGUUGCUAUUUAAGGCGUGCUUGUUCAUCCCGGCCAAGCUUCGCCGCGUCCUACAUCCGAUCUUGAUCAGUUUUGCUCUUUGUUUGCUGGUGUAUUACAUUCUUUCGCUAAUCAAAGGCCAAAACUAUUUUACUUGCAUCAGACAUUACAGAACGGGACGGACCUACUUGACGCUGUUUGACAGUGAGGCGUACCCGGAGUGGCCGGGCGCAGGCGACUUUCUGCUCUCGCUGAUGGACAUCUCCAUUGUAUCGCUUUCUCUGUCAAUGUACAAAUAUCGAGGCGAUUUAAAGCGUCAUUUUGCCUCGGUGCUCCCUCCAAUCAUCUUGUGCGCAUUUAUGUCAUUUUUCAUAUACCCCCCGGUGUGCUAUCGGUUGGGCAUCUCUCCGGCCCGGUCGCUGGGUUUUACGGGCCGGUCUGUGACGACGGCGCUCGGGAUACCACUGGUGACUGCUUUGGGAGGAUCCACGCAGCUCAUGGCGGUGACCACGAUCAUCAGUGGAAUAUUGGGGGUGCUGGUGGGCGAUUUUUUAGUUUUCAAAGUGUUCCGCGUGCGUAAGCACGACUUUGUGAGCCGCGGUGUUUCGUUUGGUUUGAAUUGUGGAGCCGUGUCGACGUACUACCUAACCGUGGUAGACCCGCCAGCAGGAGCGAUGAGCGCAUUGUGUUUUACCUUUUUCGGAACGCUGAUGGUCAUUCUGAGUGCGAUCGACCCCCUGGUUAGAAUCGCGCAGAAGCUUGUUGGAUGGUGA